GGAAGCGGGUGGCAGCUGGGUGGACAGCAGUCGUGGGGUGCCGAGGGAGCAAGAUGGGUGGCAGAACUGUGUCAAGGUUUCUGUCCGGAGUGGCUGUGGUCCUUCUGGUGCUGCUGCAGAGCACACAGUCAGUCUACAUCCAGUACCAAGGCUUCCGGGUCCAGCUGGAUUCCGUGAAGAAACUGAAUGACCUGGAGAAGCAGUUGGCAUUCAGCCCCCACCUGCAGGCCCAGAAUGUCCUGCCCACCCCAUGCUACCACCAGGCCCUACCACCGGACCUGCAGCCCAUCUGCACCUCCACGGAAGCUGCCACCACCUUCCAGGCCUUGAAGACCAUCGCCAAUGACGACUGUGAGCUGUGUGUGAAUGUUGCGUGCACCGGCUGCACCUGAGAUGGACCCAGGCGCCCUGAGCCCACCCUGGACUCCUUGCUCCACCCCCAGCCCACUGCCCUCACAGCCCCUGUCCCCAUCCAAGCUCUGGAGGAGCCCUGACCACUGUGGUCAUUGCCAUCCUCCUAGGGCCAAAGCAGCUGGAUCCGGCACAAAGCAAUUAGGAGAGAGUUUGGCCCUUUAGGCAGCCCCAUUGCUGAAUAAAGAUUCUCCACCAUA